ACAAAACCACACUGAAAUACUCGCGUGUAACGUAACCACAAGGAAAACAUGGCGUCAAAACACCGGCUUGCUGUUAUUUCAGGACAUUUACUAGGUUCAAGAGCACAAAAUGUCGACGUUAAUAAUAGCGAUCACUCACAGGGAGCUCAACUUCAGCCAUGUGCCUCCAAUGACAACAAAAUUAGUGUCGGCGAGGAGGCACCAACCAUCCCGAAGCGCAGACAAGAAGUGUUGAAAUGGAAUGGCUGGGGAUACAAGGAUUCCAAGUUUCUUAUCAACAAGGAUGGCCAUGUUCAAUUCUCAGGGGAGAGGUACCGACUGAGCGGGAGCACCAUGCCGGCACUCAAGGACUGGAUGAAGGCUACUGUCGGCAUCAGUCUGGAACACAAGUCACCAGCUCAGCCUGAAAUGAGUGCAGCUGACAUCCCUACACCUAUCAAGAAUGAAAGCUACCUUGCUGAGCUCAAGAGAAGCAGCAUCCCAUUCUCUGAUGACUGUCAUGACCGGAUCUUCAGGGCACAUGGACACACUCUACACGAGAUGUUCGUACUCAGAGAGGGGAAGUUCAAGAGAAUCCCUGACAUUGUGGCGUUUCCAAGUUGCCAUGCCGAAGUUGUGAAGAUUGUCAACCUUGCAUGCCAACACAAUGUUGUCAUCAUACCAUUUGGAGGAGGCACAAGUGUGUCCGGAGCUUUGGAAUGUCCAGAAAAUGAACAUAGAAUGAUUGUCUCCCUUGACACAUCACAAAUGAACAAGAUCCUGUGGAUUGAUGAGAAGAACCUGACGUGUCAUGUGGAGGCUGGCAUCAUCGGCCAGGACUUGGAGAGACGAUUGGCCACCAAAGGCUUCUGCACCGGACAUGAACCCGACUCCAUGGAAUUCAGCUCACUCGGAGGGUGGGUGGCCACGAGGGCUUCCGGUAUGAAGAAAAAUAUCUACGGAAAUAUUGAGGAUAUCGUUGUCCAUGUGACGUUUGUCACUCCCCGUGGAGUGCUGGAGAAGAGUUGCCAGGUGCCCAGGAUGUCCUGUGGGCCGGACCUGCAUCACUUCAUCAUGGGAUCAGAAGGAACCCUGGGUGUUGUAACCAAGGUGACACUCAAGAUCCGACCACUGCCACCCUGUAAGAAGUAUGGCUCUAUAGUUUUCCCUAGUUUCGAGCUUGGCGUGCAGUGCCUCAGAGAGAUAGCAAAACAGAGGUGUGCUCCAGCUUCCAUUAGGUUAAUGGACAAUGAACAGUUCCAGUUUGGUCAUGCGUUGAAGCCGGAAGUCAAUUCUAUUAUAAGCAGUUUCGUGGAUGGCCUGAAGAAGCUGUACAUCACCAAGCUGAAGGGCUUCGACCCGCACCACCUGAGUGUGGCCACUCUGCUGUUUGAAGGAACCAAGGAGGAAGUUGCUGCUCAGGAGAAAAGGGUAUAUGAAAUAGCCAAUAAAUACCGUGGGAUCCCAGGAGGUGCGGACAAUGGAGAGAGAGGGUACAUGCUCACGUUCGUCAUAGCCUAUCUUAGGGAUCUUGGGUUUGAAUAUUACAUUGUAGCAGAAUCCUUUGAAACAUCUGUUCCUUGGGACAGGUGUCUGGAUCUGUGUCAGAAUGUGAAGGAGCGUUUGCAUCGCGAGUGUAAAGACAGACGGAUUCAGUUCCCUCCAUACAUCACUUGCAGAGUGACGCAGUUGUACGAUGCCGGAGCCUGUGUGUACUUCUACUUUGGCUUCAACUACAGAGGAAUAUCAAACCCAGUGGAAGUGUACGAGAGCAUUGAGGCAUGUGCUCGAGAUGAGAUUCUGGCCAAUGGCGGCAGCAUAUCACAUCAUCAUGGAGUUGGUAAACUGCGGAAACGCUGGCUGAAGGAGACCGUGAGUGAGGUUGGUGUUGGAACUCUGAGAGCCGUGAAGGAGUACAUGGACCCAGACAACAUAUUCAACAACAAAAACCUGAUGAUGGAGGACUAGCCUGGAGGACUAGCCCUGGAGGACUAGCCUUGAGAACUAGCCCUGGAGGACUAGCCUAGAAGACUAGCCUGGAGGACUAGCCCUGGAGGACUAGCCUAGAGGACUAGCCUGGAGAACUAGCCUGGAGGACAAGCCCUGGAGGACUAGCCUAGAGGACUAGCCUGGAGAACUAGCCCUGGAGGACUAGCCUGGAGGACUAGCCUAGAGGACUAGCUUGGAGGACUAGACUGGAGGACUAGCCCUGGUUAUGUCCAUUAUUUAACAUUGUGUGCUACCGGAGGCAGGCUGUGCCACGUGGCCUGGCACCAAAUAUUUUAUCUUGUAAUUCAAACAAAUCAUUCAACAUGAAAAUGGUUCAUGUUACCAAUUGAUGAUACAACAUCGGGCUGUGUAUCAUGUGUCAGUGAUUCAGUCGGUGAAACGUGUUAAGGCGGAUACAGUCAGGCUGUAUUUUUUCAUAUACUGAUGACAGGCGUACUUAUCUUGAUACCAAGGUUGCAAUACAGUACAAGUAGCCAGUAUUCCAAUACUGUGUUUCAUGCAGUAUUCAGUAUUACAAUACUGUGUUCUGUGCAGUAUUCACUAUUCCAGUACUGUGUUCUGUGCAGUAUUCAGUAUUCCAAUACUGUGUUCUGUGCAGUAUUCAGUAUUCCAAUACUGUGUUCUGUGCAGUAUUCAGUAUUCCAAUACCGUGUCCUGUGCAGUAUUCAGUAUUCCAAUACUGUCAUCUGGGCAGUAUUCAGUUGUCCAAUACUGUGUUCUGGCAGUACUUCACUCUGAAGUAGUUACUGUUUGUCCCUAGGAAGGAAAAUACCAAUUCUACAGUCUGUCCUAGGAGGACACAGCCCUGGUUCUAGAAAGGUAUGCAUGGUAUGAGGAUCACCAUCAACAAAACUCAUGUUUCCUCGAGUGAUACAAUUCAGUCAUUUAUCAACCACGUAAUCUCAUGUCGUUUAUAUACAUUAAUUUUCCCAACUGCAAAGUGUUAUUGUGAUCAGGUUUGGAAGAUUACAGUGGAUUCAUACUGACUGACUGACUGACUGACUUUCAUAAAUGUUUCAUUUGAGUGCUGUACUUGUAUAUGUGAUGGUCAAAAUCUGUGUUUCACAUACUAACUGCAUGGGUGUUCAACUGACAAAAUUUCCUACCUGCCCUAGGGCAAGUAUACUUAAAGAUUCUCCUUAACUUGCUUAAUAGAAAAAUGACGAGUGAGGUACUUCAUCUGCAGUUGACAAACACACGACACAUCUUCUUAGUUUCAAGAAAAUACAGCUGAUUUUCAAACUUGCCAAGGGCUGUGGGGUAGUCUAGUGGUUAAAGUAUUCGCUCGUCACCAAGAAGUCCGGGUUCAGUUCCCCACAUGGGUACAAUGUGUGAAACCCAUUUCUGGUGUCCCCUGCCGUGAUAUUGCUUGAAUAUUGCUAAGAGCAGCGUAAAACCAGACUCACUCACUCAAUCCUACUUGCCGAGGGCAACUAAGUUACAUUUUCCCACUUGCCUGACACUUUAUUUUCAUGGGUCGGGCAAAUAGGGCAUACUAAUUGAACACUCCUGUAAUAAGCUUAUCAUUUGUACAUGCUCACAAUUCAUUUAAUGACAUUUUACAGUGAUAAUACUACUCCAGUCAUUGGAGUGAUAUGUGGGAGGCUUGUACAGUAAUCACACGUAUAUAUAUUACAUGUAUUCGACAUUUGUCGUCUACAUAGACUGGGGAAGUGUUCCAAUGGUCUAAGGUGCUUCCCAGAGUUGUGUCCCUUUGGUGGCAGGAUCCGCUGGUAUAAUGUUAAAUCCUGAUGUACCACAAUUACUGUUUGGUUUCUUGUCACGAUGCCAGUUCUGAAUGUUUCAUCAAAGUCUUUAGUCUAAGACCUGCAUCACUUUCGACUUUUCUCUGACAUUAAUCUGGCUCGCCAUGACACAACUGAUAUAUUUUUCUAAGUGGCAAUGAACCCCUCACUCCCCUAAUGUCAGUAUACAACGACAAACCAUUUUAUCAGGUCAUAAGAAUUCAUGGAUCAGCUUAAUAGCUUAAUUACAUACCUGCAUGAAAGCAUAUUUUACCCAUUUUAAGAGGACGAGUGACAGUAUUUUGGGGGGAUAUUGGUCAAAAUGGCAAGGCAAAGCAACUACCUUUCUAUCCUAAACGGUAUUGUCACUAGUCUUAUAUCUGGAGCUAUGCCAUAUCUGAGUUCUACAAUAUCAUUAAAUAGAAGUGAAUAGUUUGCGAAAACAAACUUUCUGCUUUACUUUUAAUGUCCAUGAGCUGUACAGCUUAAACUUCUGUUUGAAUGUCAAGGUCGCUCAAGAGACACGUUGUAUUACAUGUAUUGGUUGGAGUACAGUUUCGGGGCUCAUUGUACUGCAGGUGACCACAUGUGACAUGCUGCACCAAUUAAAACCGAGUCGUUAGCUUCACAUACAUCACAAGUAGCACCAAGGCGGUCAGGAACAGAUUCAAGCCAUUACCUGAGAACAGUAACUUUGAACUAGUACAGAACUAGUUUAUUCUAAGAAAAUGUUCAAGACAUCAAGGAAUCUGUCACGAAAGCUCAAAAUUUACGUUGCAUUUGAGAAAUACAAGUAACGUUAGGCUUUUGCUGCAAACGGAAUUAAGUUUUAUUUUCAAAAUUCCUCUGGGAUUGGUGUUGUAAUGGAUUUUUUUAAUCAGAUCUAUAGUCCCCUUGCAAUUUUCUUUAAUUAUCGCACACGUCUCUUACACAAUUUAGCUCAUACUCAUUUCCUUAUGUUGUAUUAAAUUAUUUGAGAAAGCUUUAAUUUCACAUCAUCCAAGUGUAUUCCACAUUUUUUAAUGAUUUCUACUUUUGUAUGUGCAUUAUUUCAGUAUUUGAUCAAUAUAUCUCCACUUACCCAGGAUAUUGAGGAACUUGUGAGAUGCAUUUUCUAUUGUUCAAUCUCACUGUAUUGGUUUGUGAUGCUUUUGGGUGUUAAAUAGAGGAUCUCACCUGAGUGUCUUUUGAGGUCAAAUACAUCAACAAAAGCUGAUUAAAACCUUGCCACUCCCGAGGCUUACUGAUGAAUCUUUAACAUUUAUCGAUGAAUGUUGAUAUAUGUGGCAUAAAAAAACACAGGGUUAAGAUUCGGUUUAU